UUGAUGGAUGCUAAAAUGUCUGUUGGUGGAACACAGAUUAAGCCUUGUCACAGUUUUGGUGUGUGCAAAGAUGUAAAGAACAACUUACUCUUUCAGGAUGAGGAGACGGUGAUUUUCCCAAGUGGAAAGUACUGUAUAAGUUACAACUUCCAUCAGCAACACCCCAAGUUCAUCCACAGAACAAAGGGAAGCAAUGCCAUGCAGGCCCUGGCUUUAAGCCCAGAUCGGCGCUACCUGGCCGUGUCAGAGCGGGGUAAAUGGGGCUCCAUUGUCAUCAUUGAUUUGGAGGACCAAAAGCGGCCCAAGAAACAGGUUCUAAUGGGGAAGGACUGCGGCGUGCAGGAUUUCAUCUGCAUGGCGUUUUCGGCUGACGCGGAGUACCUGAUAGGCCAGGCUGGGGGACCCACGUGGAACCUCAUCUGCUGGCAGUGGAAGAAAAACAAGCUCAUCGCGACAGUGAAGACCACGAUACAAGGCAAUAUCAGUCAGAUCAGCUUUAACCCAGAGAAUGAGAAACAGGUCUGCGUGACCGGAAAGGGAAUUUUUAAGAUCUUUAAAUUCAAGACGGAAACCCUGAGACUAGAGAAAUCAUAUAAGGUGGAGAAGCUGAACAUCCUGUGCCACACGUGGAUGCCUGGGGACUUCGUUAUUGCAGGAUCUGAGGAAGGGCAACUGCUAAUUUUGAAAUCCAAAUGCCUGCAAAGACUGGGGAAAGAAUCUGAGGGACAAAAGGAGAAGGUGGAAUCACCGACUCCGAUGGCGGCUGUCACUGCCAUCGUGCCUUAUUCCAAAGGCUUCGCCUGUUCAUCAGGGCGGGGAUUAGUUAGUCUCUAUGAGGAGACUCAGUAUAAUGAUGACUACAGGAAGAUAGAGACAUUAAGAAUUCCUGUGCACCCAUACAGCAGUCAGCCGCUUCAGGAGAUCGCCACGAUGUGCACUAGUCCAUCAGAGGAGACGCUGGCCAUCAGCACAGAACAAGGCCAGCUCUAUCACAUCAGCUUCACUUCAGAGGACAUUAUUGAGAAUAAGAAGACCAAGUUCAAAUACCUGUCUCACUGUCUUCACUCGGGGAGCAUCACAGGUAUGUCUGUCUGUGCGACGAAACCGCUCAUCGCUACCUGCUCCAAGGACUGCACCGUGCACAUCUGGAACUACAGCACCAAGACUCUGGUGCAGUUUAAGGAGUUUGACGAAGAGCCGCUCUGCGUCUCGAUACACCCGAACAGCCUUUUCAUCCUGGUGGGUUUCUCCACUGAAGUCUGCCUCAUGAACGUGUUAAAUGACAACAUGCGUACUGUCCGUAAAUACCCCACAGGCAGCUGCACUGAGUGUGUGUUCAACCACGAUGGCAACAAGUUUGCCUCCGUCAACCAAAACGUGAUCACCAUUUACAACAUCAGAACACAGAAAAAAAUGGACCUGAACGAACAUCAUAAGAAGGUGCAGUCUGUAAAGUGGAGCGAAAAUGAUACUCGCCUGGUGUCAUGUGGGAUGGACGGCAACGUAUUUGUGUGGGACGUUCUGGUCGGCAACGUGGUGAUUAGGAACGAGAAAACGUGUUCCUAUGCAGACAUGGCGUUCUCACCUACCAACGGGAGCAUCCACUGUGUAGACCGCAGCCAUAUUUGGGAGAUCAGUAAUGAAGGGGUCCUGUGUGAAAUGGCCUCAGAUGGCGCGGCCAACACAGCCAUCGCCGUGACUCGUUCGGGCAGAUCUGUCUUCGUCGGCACCGCCGCUGGUACCGUGAAGGUCCUUGAUUACUCUUUAGAAAAAGAGAUGAAAUGGAAAGAACAUCAGGCCCAUUCUGGUCCCAUCACCAAAAUGGCUGUCACACCCAGUGAUCAGUACCUGCUGACCGCCUCAAAGGACGGCUCCCUUUUCAUAUGGUCGAUCAGUGACGAGGAUGGACAGACCGUUGAGACGGUCAGUGAAGUAGACUACACCGAGGAGGUCCUUUGUACGAAGAAAUUUGUGGAUGAAAAGGAGGACACGAUAAAUGAGCUCAAGUUCCACGUCGAGUGGAUGGAGAAGGAGCAGGAGAUCACAAUGAACAUGAUGGACGUAAACUGCAAUGAGAAAAUAAAUGGCAUUAAGCAGUCGUACCAGAAGCAGAUACAGGCUCUGAAAGAAGAACUCCAGAUACUGAGAUCUUUGAAGCAGAUGGAGAAGGACUCUUACGAGAACGUGAAGGCAGAGAUGAAAGAGAAUACUGCCAAAGCGAUGAAGGACCGGGAGAUGAUCCUCGAUAUGGAGCCCCGUCUGGAAUUCGAGAAGAACAAAGAGUUCGAGCAGAAACUGCAGCUUGUGCAGGAGAAUCUUGAAAACGAGCUACAGAAGACUAAGGAGAACAACCGCUCUGAAAUGGAGGAGAGCAAACAGGCCUAUGACACCGAGCUGCAGGAGCUACAGGCAGCGUUUGAGCAGGAAGUGAAGAACGCUAAGGACAAGCAGCAAAGGAUUCUGGAAGACGCUACUUACGAGAUCCUGGAACUUUACUCAGAGUAUGAAAAAGAUAUCCAGGAGGAGAAGGAGACCGCGCAGAUGUUCGAGCAAGAACUGCAGCUCAUGGAUAAAAAUUUAACAACAUACUGGACCAUCAAAAGCCUGUCAGAAGAACAGCUCUCCAAGAUCUCUGAACUAAGGGAGGAAAUGCAGAAGCUGAAGGACCAGCUCUGGGAUGUGAGUCAAAACUUCAGGUGUCUGUCAAAGGUGAAGGAGGAGCAAAGCCAGAUCAUCUCUGACCAGGAAAGCUCUAUCGAGGAGCUCAAGAAAAACAUCGAGGACUUGGAGCGGAGCCUAGAAGAGAGCAAGAAAGAACUGUUCAGCGUGAUAGUUCAGAGUGAAAAACAUGAUAAAGAGAGGAAGGGCAGCAGUCAACUGAGUGUAAUCGGGCAACUUCAGGAAAAAGUAGAGGAGAAUAAUUACAUGUUCUCAAAGAUUGUUGCUGAGAUAUCAGUGGCCAUGAAGAAGAACCAGGAGAUCAUUUUUGACCUGAAGCGGAAAAUCGAAGUUAAGGAUAAAGACUUAAGCAUAGAGAGGGAGAAGGUCAUAAGUGUGAAUAACAUGGUGGAAAGGAUGAAGAAUGACAUCUACAACUGCUCACGCUUCAUCCAAGAGCCCAAGAAGCUGAAGGAGAAGUUUAUUGAGCUUCACAAGCGCCAUAUACAUGAACCUGACGUGAACAUCAGUGUGGUAGAUGAGGAUUUGCUGAAGCACAAUAAGCAAAUAGAAUACUUCUACAACAUUCUGGAAAGCCAGAGGUCAGCGCACAUUAAGGAGAUGCAGACUGAGAUGAACAAGAACUACAGGCUAACAGCAGAGAAUAGAUCUCUGAGUGAGCAGCUUAUAGAUCAGAGGCUAAAGCAGCUACAUUUACUGAACAGCUGCAAAGAGCAGAAUAUCCAGUGUAACUGCAUGGCGUCAGGUAAAAAAAAGAACAAGUGUGUGUACACAGCAGACCAGAAGAGUCUCCUGAAGUUGAGACAAAGACAAAUAACCUGGUGACGAGAGGACAGCAGAAUUUCCACCCG